UUUUCAACAUGAAUAACCCAGCACCCUUACCAUAUCACCCGAGGUCUGUACCUUGGGAGGAAUAAGACAGGGCAGACGACAUCGUCUGGAGACCACAGAGCAGACGGCAUUGAAAGGGGACGUCAGACGACAAUCAAAAUGAAGGAGAUUGAGCAAAAGGAGGAGUUUGACAACCUGGUGAAAACUGUUGACAAGCUGGUGGUUGUGGAGUUCGGCGCCCCCUGGUGUGGGCCGUGCAGAAUGAUCCUGCCUUUCUUCCAACGUCUCGAGGAGGAAUUAGGGGAUAAAGUCAUAUUCGCCAAAGUCGACGUCGAUGAAGCAGGGGACCUGGCGGAGGAGUGUGACAUCAGCUGCAUGCCCACCUUCAUUUUGUACAAGGGGGGCGACAAGGUCGAAACGUUGCAGGGGGCUAACAAAGAUCAACUUGAAGAAACCAUCAAGAAACUUUGCUAGUUUCUCUGAGUAAACAAUUUCAACAUGUGGACAUUGAGACAAAUGUAACAGUUACCCACAUCCAUGCUCAAUACUUAUAAUCUGUAAUGCUUAUCACGUUUCCACGAACACUCGAGUUUCAUACAUUACGUCUGUUUGUUUUAUUACGUUGGGACGGGUUAAAUGCAUCCAUGCAUGCAUUACCCUAACCAAUACAUGUAACAUUUAUUUUAAUGUAUACCACCACCACCCAAUAUCCCCACCACUUAUCUUAAAAAGAAUAAAUAGAGAAAGGACUAGUAAAAUUAUAAUGUUCAUCGUAUACUUUUAAUGAUCUUAUUUUAAAAGAAAUCUGUGUUAUUUUCUCAUCCCCCAUCCAGUAACUGUAGAUUUAGAAGUGACAUUUUUCAGCUCACCCCACACACUCACCAUUCUGAGAAUAAAGUUGA